GGAGAGGUAAGGUUGACUAAGAUGGAGCUGUGUUUUAAGGGCAAAAUCCUUAGAUAUUUCUUGUUUAAUCUUGUCCCAAUCAUUGAAAUAGGGAUGGUGAACUCACCAACAGUAAACUGUGAAUGUGAUAAUUUCAUAUUUCAGUUGUAUCAGUUAAUAGUUAAUAUAAAGCUGUAUAGUUAACUGUCUGAGUUAUCCAGGCUUAAUUGUCUAACUUGGUCUUUAGGAAAUAGCUUUUCUUUUCUUGAGGAAUACUAUUUAUAGCAAAGUUCACAAUUUCUGGUACCUUCGAUUGAAAAACAAAACAAAACAGACUGGCUGUAUUUUUAAAUACUGACCAGUUUUAUCAUGAGGGUCAUACAGUACAACAACUACAUAAAAGAUGGUUAAUAAUAAGUGAUAAGUUAUAGAUCAUUAAUUUAAAAUGAUGAUAGAUUAUAAACAACAGAUAAUAAAUUAUAGAAUAUAGAAUAUAAAGGAUUAGAUAGUAGAUAAUAAAUUGAAGAAUUGAAGAGUAUCCGAGAAGAAGAAAGAUGAACAUUAGCUAAUAUAUGAUAGAGGAGAGAUAUGGGAUAAAGAAAAAGUGAUCUGAUUAUAGACACAGAAUGUAUAAAGUGUAGAAGAGAGAGAAAAGGAUGAUGUAUGUAGAAGAUCUAGAGGAUAGAUGCUAAAUAGAUGGAGAUAGAGACACUGUAGGCAACAUACAGAUGGGACAUAGACACAGGUUAAAGACAGAGAAUAGACAGAUAGAAGAUAGACAUAGGAUAACAAGAAGUAGAUAAUAGAUAGAUAGAAGACAGACAAAAUAGCUACACUCUAGCUUCUAGAGGAUACAUGAUAGAUAAAUAGGAGAUAAACAAAGAAUAUGUAAAGGAAAGAGGAUAAUUAUAUGAAACAGAGACACAGAGGAACUAGAUGUUAAGGAUAGAUGAAAGAGUGAAAAAGGUGGCCAGAGGAUAAAUGAUACAUAGAUUGUAAACAGACACAGGACAGCUAGAGGAUAGAUGGUAGAUACAUGGCAAACAGACACAAGGUUGUUAGGAGACAGAUGAUACAUGAAAGACAGACACAGGAUAGCUAGAGGAUAGAUGAUAGAUAGAACAGAAACACAGGAUAGCUAGAGGAUAAAUGAACCAUAGAUGGAAGGAAGGCACGGGAGAGCUAGAGGAUUGAUGAUAGUUGGAAGUCAUAUACAGGAGACUAUUGAAUUGUAGAUAUAUAGAUAGAUAGAUAGAUAGAUAGAUAGAUAGAUAGAUAGAUAGAUAGAUAGAUAUGCAGGCUAGCUAGCAGAUACAUGAACUAUGGAUGGCAUAGAGUCACACUGUAGUUGGAAGAAAGAUAUUGGAUAUAAGGAUGGAAUCCAGGCACAGAAUAGCCAGAGUAUAGUUGAUGGUUUACAGAGUCAGGGUAACUAGAUGAUAGGUGAUAUAUUAAUGGUAUAGACAUACAGGAUAGGGAGAGGAUAGAUGACAUAUAGGUGAUGGAAUACAGGCACAGGAUAGGUAGAUGAUAGAUGAUAGAUGAUACAUAGCUGAAACAUACACACAGAAAAUUUGGAAGAUUGAUGAUAGAUAGGAGAUAAGCAGGGCAGCUAGAAGAUAGAUGGCACAUGGGUAAAAUAUAGACCUAAGGUUGCUAGAGGAUAGUUGGUAGAUCUAUGGAUACAAGAUAGCUAGAAGAUAAAGAAUAGAGAGAUCAGAGAUUCAGGGUAACUAGAUGAUAAGUGGUGCAUUGAUGGAAUAGAGAUAUCGGAUAGCUAGAGGAUAGAAUAUAGAUAGAUGGAAGAUAGGCAAAAUAUAUCCAGAGAGUAGUUGAUAGAAGACAUGCACAGGAAAGCUAGAUGAUUGAUGAUUGAUAGAUAGAUGAUAGAUAGAUAGAUAGAUAGAUAGAUAGAUAGAUAGAUAGAUAGAUAGAUAGACAUAUUUCUGUUAGUCAAAGGUAUCUAGGUAUAGCCUAGAGACUCAGAUUAGCUACAUGAUAGCUGAUAGGUAGUAUAAUAAAGACAAGAUAGCUAUAGAAUAGAUGGUAGAUGCAGCACAGUGAGAAGACAAAGGAUAGAUAGUAGACAGGAGACCUACCAGGUGGAUAGACACAGGAUAGCUGGAAUGUAGAUAAUUUGAAAGAUAGAAACAGCAUAGUUAGGAUUUCUAGGGAAUAGAUGAUAGUUGGGUAGAAGGCAUAUAGCAGAUUGUUCGGAGGAUAGGCCAUAGACAUAUUGAUGAUAUACAGAGGUGUGUAGAAAGAUAGAUGACUGAUUGGUGGAAGAUAAUAGAGAUAAUGUAGACACAGGAGAACUAUUUGAUAAUUGACAGAUGAAAAUUAAACACAUGAUAGUUAGAGGGAAUAUGAUAGGGAGAGACACAGGCUAUCUAGAACAUAGAUGAUUCAUAGAUGGAACAAGGGCACAUGAUAGCUGGGGUAUAGAUGAUCCAUAAAUGGAAGAUAGACUCAGAAUAGCUGCAGUGUAGGAGAUCCUUUGAUGGGAGAUAGACUCAAGAUAACAACAGGAUACAUGCAAACAAAGACAUAGAUGAUUAUCAGGCAUAGAGCAAGAUAGACAUAAGACAGCUACAGCAAGGAGAUGCUAUAGAUUGUAGAAAGAUGUUUACUUAGUAAAAGAAUGGUCUUAUUUGGUUUUAGAAUCCACCUCUAACCGACUGAAAAAAAUGGAGAGGAAUACACAAAAAAUGAGGAGUGGUGCCUCUAAUCCAUGCCAGAGGAUAACCCAUGAAGAUCUUUGCAAUUUGCUGAAGAGACUUCAGAAACUGAUGAAUAGACUUGGAUAUGGAUCAUCUAGAAAGAGACCCAGAGAACAGCCUGCUAUUGCCUCUCUGUCUUCUCAAAGAGGAAUGUUCAAUGUACAAACAAAUUAUGAACAAAACACAGUUCCUGUUUUUAAUACCUAUGAAGAAUACCAUAAGACGGUUCUUCAGUCAUUUGAAAAUAUUUCAAUUGUACUGAACAUAGAAGGAAAAGUUGUUUUUGUAUCUCAGAAUGUGACACCUCUUCUUGGCUAUCUUCCAGAAGAUAUAAUUGGGACGAGCCUAUUAAAUCUUGUUCAUGAUGAACAAAAGGAUGACAUAUCUGAGAAGAUCAUUCUAAAUCUUCCAUUGGCAAAUAAAGUGGGAAGCAUAAUCGAAUUUUGCUGUUAUAUAAGAAAAGGAAAUGUAGGUCAGAGUGGCCAGGACACAUAUUGUUACAGGACCAUGUACCAAGGGAGAUAUACAUAUGAGUACAUGAAAUUCAUCUUGUACCUACAGGAUUCUUAUGAUGAGUCAUUUGUAUUUUUUGGAAACUUCGGUCCUAAUAGCAGAAAGAUUUGGUCUUCUGCUCCAAGGCUGUUAUGGGAGGAAAAGUACUAUGUUGUGGGAAACAUUUCUGUUCUACGUACGCCGGAUGAGACAGCACAACCAGUUAACAUUCAAACAAAUGCUGUAGAUGAUGAUUCUGAUGAUGACAGUACUUUACAACACCAUAGGCUUCGAAAACGCCACCGUAGGAACAAAAUGCAAACAGAUGAUCAGGCUGAAGCUGUGAAUGUGGAGGAGUGUCCUGAAGCAGGCACAGAAGUUGAGAUUGUAGAAGUUCAAGCAGCCACUCAGCGAAUGCCAUUUGACUUAAUUCAGGUCCGGACACCCUCUCACUCAAGCAUAAACCCAGAAUUAAGUGCAGCUACAAGCAUAAGCACUGGCAUGAGGACAAGCACAAGUUCUUCAUCUACAAAUAUUUCAUCAACAACACCAGUAUCAACCCCUACAUCUAGACAGGGGUAUGAGAUAGAUCCAAAAUAUAUGCUAGAGCCCCAAGACAGAGAAUUUGAAGUAGGUCCAGAGUUCCUCCUAAAUGACAGCCAAGACACAGAGGCCACUCCAGAACAAGGAGAAUGCACUGAAGAGGAUGUGAAGAAACCCUUGGUAGAGGCAAAGCUAUCCAAUCCUAAGGAACAUGUAAUUGAUGAAUAUUCUGCAUGUCAUGAUGCUUCUUCAGAUGAUGAUUUCUGUAUAAUAACAGAAGAUACUGAACACAAGAAAGACCCUAAGUUUCAAGAAGUCGUUGUGGGUCAAGAACAAGGACAUCAGAAGCAUAGGGAACAAGAACAAUGUGAAUAUGAAUUCUCCCAGUGUACUGGAAUGCUUCGAAACUUAAAAUAUGAACGGCCUGGGCAGCAACAUACUGGGCAAGGACAAGGACCUCCUGUAUGUCAUCCAGGAGAACAGGUGGUGACUGUUAUAGAUGACAUGGGGUCACCCACCAUGGAAUUUUUUGGAAAUGACAAUUCUCAGCAUUCAUGAAAUGAGACACAUAGACAUUGGGAGGAUCCUAUUGAUUGUGCCCCUCCACCUCUGCAUCAUUCAUCAAGAUCAUUCCAAGAAAUGACUGGAUCACAUCAAACAUUGGCAGCCUCAUUUCAAGCAUCAUUACUGUCAUGUCAAGCAUCAUUAGUGUCAUGUCCAGCAUCUUUACCAUCAUGUUCAGCAUCUGCACCAUCAUGUAUAGUACCUGUACCGAUACAUAAAGAAUCUGUACCAAUAUGUCAAGUUUCUGCACCAAUAAGUGUAGCAUAUGCACCAUUAAUCCAAGUGUAUGCAUCAACACGUCAACCAUCUGCACAGUUAUGUCAAGCAUUGGCAGCUUCACGUCAGGCAUCUGGACUGUUAUGUCAAACAUCUGUAGUGACACAUCAAGUAUCUGCACCUCGAUGUCAAUCAUUGGCAGUGUCACAUCAAGCAUCUGCACCAUCACGUCAAGCAUCAGUGGUGUCACAACAAGUAUUGGCAGAAUCAUAUCACCAAUCAGCAAUGUCACCUCAUGUUUCUUUUGACCACCGAAGAGAGAAAAUUCCACGCUUUCUGCCCCCUGGACAUGAUCACUCUGGUUCCAUUCAGGCUGAAUAGGACACUAAUCCUCACCCAUGAGCGGAAGAUGAGGCUGAAGACAGACCUCCACUGUCUGCAUGGCAAAGGGCCAUACAAAAUGGGAGAGUCCCUUGAUGGGAGAGGGUGGGUGGGUCAUACUGCUUUACUUGCAAAUUAAGUUUGUAGUUAUUCUU